AUACCUGGAAAUAUAACAAGCCUCUUAAGAUUGGUCAACUUGAAUUUAUCAAUGAAUCAUCUUAUUGGAAGAAUUCCAGAAAAAAUUGGGGAUUUACACAUGUUAGAAUCAUUUGAUCUCUCAAUGAAUGAGCUUUCUGGUCCUAUCCCUGAAGGCUUGUCUUCUUUGACCUUCUUAAGUCACUUGAAUUUGUCAUUCAACAACUUGUCUGGGAAAAUUCCAAAUGGGAAUCAACUUCAAACACUGAAUGACUCUUCUAUCUACGAAGGUAACUCUUUACUCUGUGGGCCUCCUCUUUCGACCAAGUGUUUAGAAGAUGAAACUAAACCUAGCGUAGCCAACAAAAAAGGAAGGGGAAUUGAGUCGAUCUCGUUCUACAUUAGCAUGGUAGCGGGGUUUAUUGUCGGUUUUUGGGGAGUUUGUGGCACAUUGAUAAUCAAAACAUCAUGGAGACAUGCUUACUUUCGAAGCUUUGAUAAUUUGAAAGACAAGAUUGCUGUGUUCGUCAUGGUCAAAAUUGUUCGCUUGCUCAGGAAGUUCAAGUAGGAGUUGAGGGUAUGGGCAUUGAAGCUUUCCAUAAUAUGAAACAGUUAUG